UCAACUAGUUGAACAUGCAACUUUUAGGGAGGCAAACAAUUGGACCCAUUGGUAGUUGCAAUUGCACCUCCAUGCAGGAUACUCCCCAACAAGAAACAACGACCUUGAAGUUAGUAAGCGCCUCUUCUCUGGUUGGCAUCCAGAUCGCUCCCAUCUGUGCCUUGCGUAAACCCGGUGCGCACUGCUGCUGCGUCUUGUUCAAGACUAAUUUAAGACAGCGCUUUGAACCCCGAGUCUAGUGUUCUGGAGUUAGUGAAUGUGUUAGAUUCCCUUCUUAGUUAGUGCACGGAGCCUGAUUACAUUUUGGCUGCAGAACUAAACCAACAAAAACAAGUUGUUUUCUUUUCAUCAAGAGGACUCUGAAGCAGGAUUUCAGCAUGGAUACAGCCAACGGCUCCAACGGGAAAAGUAAGCCGGUGUGUCAGUGUGCGCCCAAGUCCGCGGUCCAGCGGUGGCUCCCAGGUUUCCCCGUCGCUUUGUGCUUGCUGAUGUCCCUGAGCUCCGUCACCGUGUGUCUUCUGAUGAGCUUCAAGACCCAGCAGCUGGAGUACCGACUGCAGAUGGAGAUGAACAAAGCGUCCGUAUUCCACCCGCCGCACAGGGCUUUUCUAAACGAGGAUGGGACCCUAAUUCCAGAGCUGAGCGCCCCAAUAGGAAGGCUUGUGGACGAGAAAGUGGUGGUGCUGAUGCCGAAGUUGAGGACAACUAGGGAUGUUGGCCAAGAGUGCUCCUGUCCUCCAGGGCCUCCGGGGAAGCGUGGAAGGAUGGGAAGAAGAGGGGAACCUGGACCUCCAGGCAAAUCUGGACGGGAUGGAUACCCGGGUCCACUUGGCUUGGAUGGGAAACCAGGUUUACCAGGUCUCAAGGGAAGUCAGGGACCAGCUGGACCCAAGGGAGAAAAGGGUGACCAAGGAGACAUCGGGCCAAGGAUGGUCUUCCCCCGAUAUGACCAUGGCUUUCUCUCUGGAGAGCAGUCCAACAGCUUCCAGAGACGCUUUCUGAAGGGUGACCAAGGCCAGGCUGGACCUGCUGGUCCUCCUGGUCCCCCAGGUCCCCCCGGUCCGAGAGGCCCCCCUGGGAACACAGGAAAGGACGGGCCACGUGGCCCUGCUGGAGAGCCGGGUUUUCCAGGUCGAGAUGGCGUUGAGGGGUCACAGGGAUUGCCUGGGAAGCCGGGCGAAGAUGGUGAGCCUGGAUAUCCUGGACCACAGGGUCCUCCAGGAGCAAAGGGCGCGCCAGGUAUAGGAGAAAAAGGAGAGCGAGGCAUGGAUGGACUCCCAGGAUUAAAGGGAGACAAAGGGGAAGUAGGAGAGCAAGGACCACAAGGACCCAUGGGUUUUUCUGGUGAAAAAGGCGCCACAGGCUCCUCAGACAUCAUUGACUUCAAUGGGAAGCUUCUAGAUGCUUUCCAGGCCAUCAACACCAUCAGUGUUUCGGGCCCACCUGGACCACCUGGACCCCCAGGCUAUCCAGGGGAAAAGGGUGAGCUUGGUUUACCUGGACCAGCAGGAGUUGAUGGGGAGAAGGGACCUAAAGGUGAAAUUGGUGAGACAGGACGACCUGGCGAGAGAGGAGAGAAGGGAGAGAUGGGUCUCUCUGGGCCUACUGGUAUGGACGGACACAAAGGAGAGAAAGGCGACUGCAGAAUGGACGACAACCUGGUUCAGAUGAUUUCUCAGCCAGGCCCACCUGGCCCACCCGGCCCACCAGGGGUUCCUGGUUCCCCUGGAUCCAUGGGGCUGCACGGAAUGCCUGGUCCUAAGGGUGAGCCUGGAUAUGGGAUGAAGGGAGAGAAGGGGGACGCUGGCCCUCCUGGACUCCAAGGAUUAGACGGCCCCCAAGGAUUACCUGGGUCUGCAGGGUUAGUGGGACUUCCAGGUGCAAAGGGAGAAAAAGGCAGACCAGGAGAGCCUGGACUGGAUGGUUUCCCAGGUCUGAUGGGAGAGAAAGGUGACCGAGGGGAAAGAGGAGAUAAGGGUGACAGGGGAACAGUGGGGAAGAGAGGUCUAAAGGGCCAGAAGGGAGAACAGGGUCCUCCAGGCCUGGACCAGCCGUGUCCUGUGGGUUGUGAUAAGACUAAAGGUCUGUCUGAAGGGGCAGGGCUUUCUUCCCCUCCACCUAUUUCUCCUUCCGGCCCUGAGGCCCCCUGUCCUGUGGGACAUGAUGGGAUGCCCAUACCUGGCUGCUGGCACAAGUGAUGUGACUAACCAGCAGCAUGGAAUCUGUAUAUAUUGAUAUGGUAUAUAUUGGAAUUGAAUACUUCACCAACAACCCACUCCCUUUUUUUCCCUUUUUUUCAUAAAACGUUUUAUAUAAUAUAUUGAGAUUUUUUUUUUUUUUAACAAGGACAUUUUUGAAUCUACAGUAUUAUGAAAACUUUUUUUAAACUCUAGAGAUCCAGUGUUGAGUGAAUGCAGCCAUGGUUUUAAAGAGAAGAAACUGAACUGGCAGUGGGACUCUUACUUUGAAGGACAGUCCAGAUGACAGUCUAGCUGCCUUACUAACAAAGUCUGACUUGCUGCCUGAUUGUAAUCAUGAACGCUGUACGGAUAUGACGGUGUGUGCACUUACCCAGUCUCACUCUCGUGGAUGGAUGGAUGCAUGGAUGGAUGGACAGAUCUGCUGGCUGUGGCAGAUGGAGGAAUGUGGGUCAGUACUCUCUUCUCCUCUCUCUGUUUUCUAAAAAAGGAGGAAAUGGCGAGACAGAAGCUCAAACGCAAGCGUCUCUCUCAGCCCUGAAGGGGGUGCGGGGCCCGGUGGAGAAAGGACACGUAGACAGGCAGAGAGCACAAAGGGGCUUGACUGGCCUUUAUGAAGCAGAGCGUAAUGCCUCAGUGUCACACUGAACACUCAGAUCCUCCGUUACGGAAACUCUCCAGGAGGUGGGGAGGGGCGACAGACAACACUGCAUCUUCACAUUCACCUGAGAAGACAAGACACACCUGUUGGUUGGCUGGUGAUGUUGGGCAAUAGCUUGAUAACCAGUAAAAAAGUUAUUUGGGAGUCACUGACGUCACUGGCACAUAAGGAAGGAUUUACUGCACAGAUACGUUGAACAUGUUGUGACGAUCUCUUCUAUGGCUCUUUUAUAAAAAAGGUUUUCACUAAUUAAAUGCAUGAUCAUAACGAGACACAGUAGCAUCCUGACAGCUUGUACGACUUGUGGUCCCUCAUUGAAACCUCAAACGAUUCAUUUCAUUUACAAUAAGCAGUCUUUGAUAGUCUUUCCAUUCGAACAAGCCAUUCAGAAAAGUCAGUAAGUCUACCUUUUUUAUGGCUUACACUUGUGGCCGUGGUAACUUGUGUGUUGUUUUGUUUUAUUUUGUUAUAUUCUUACCUGUUUUUUGUCCAGUUACAUUUUGCAUUCCUGUGCAUUGCCAUGUUUGUGGAAUAUAUCGAUAGUGAAACUUAAAGGCCAGAUCUGAAGGAACCAUUUUCAGUAUUCAUGAUACAGUGUUUCAGUUGUCUUGACAAAUGAUUGCCAAUCAAAAUAUUUCCUUAAUAAUUUUCAGUGUCUGAUCAUUAUCUUUUAAUCUCUGAUCAAUACAUGUUUAAAUAAUGACAGUUUAUCUGGACAACAGUGUAAGUUCUUGCUGCUGACUUAAAUGUGUGUUUGUUUGAUAUUUUUGAAUCAAUAUUUGUCAUUUCGACUGAAGGACUAACAGACUAAAGUAUGAAAUUUCAAUCAAAUGUAUAGACAACUGUUCUUUUCUGAGGGUAAUUAUUAAUUUUCAUUCAGUAAUACGCCUUAGCACAGUGGUUCUCAAUUAUUUUGUGUGUAUGUUUUCUUUCAAAUAUCACAAAAAGUUUGUGUCUUUGCUAUCAGAUGACUUUUAUUGGUGUGUUUUGGUCUUCGUGAUACAUUUUUCUCAGAUGGAAUCAUUUCUUGGUGCUUAAAUACUUUUAUGUACCGUUUUUAAAGCUCUACUCUGCAUAUUAUAUAUGUGCAGAACCACACACGUCCACAGAUACACGUGCAUUGUUUAAAGAAAUGUUGAACAUAGAAAAAAACUAAUUUUCAGAUAUUUGGCUGCAUGUAUGCAGGACAGAGAUUUCUCAUUAUUUGGUUCUGUUUACAUGGACAAAAAUACAAACACAUGAAAGGAAAAAUGUGUUCAGGUUUCUUAGUGGUUAGUUUCUGUUUAUGCUACAUUGAUAUUAGUUGCACUUUUUGAUACUAUAUGAAAAAUAUUCAGCAGUUAUCUUUUUUUUCAAAGGCAGAAUCCAUAUUCAGGUUAA